CAGUAGUCAUAAAGCGUCUCCGUUCCCGGAAUACUCAUACAUCAUCAUGGCUGAGGAGAACGGAGUAUGUCAUGUGAACGGCGAGCCGGAAGUGGUAGAUGGCGAUUUGCAGAACGGUGAACCCGAUGAAGACGACAAAGAGUAUGAAGCCCUUGAUUUGGAGCUGGAUCAAAUUAAUUCUUGUCUUGACAAGUUGGAGAACUGGAAUGAUUCCCUUCGGAGUAGAAUGAAAGAUAUGCUUGAAACUAUGCAGAAAACAAGAAUAGAGAGAGAAAUACAAACCAACCAGGAUGAUGGGCACAAUGGCACGCAGCCUUGAUUACAUCAAUUCAAACAUCACUGCAAUUUUUUCUGUUUAGAAGAGUUUUGGUAGAAGUUAUUGAAGAAAAUUAAUGUUAUGGUUUAUAGGUGAAUUGAGAAUCAUCUUGGUAAUUCAACACAUAUCACACAGACUUGGUUUCUGCAGAUACAACCGAAUACAUUUUCAGAUAUUUAAGCAUCAUUCUUUGUUUUCAUAGCAUGUCAUAAGCACUUGCAUGCCAUGGGGAAGCUUCAGAUAUUAAAAUCAGAAAAUUAAAGUAAAAAUGGUAUCUUGAUAAGUAUAUGUAAUUCUGUAGAAUUUAAUCAUAUAUUUACUUAGAAUCAUUUUAGUUGGAUGCGUUUGUAUUGAGAAGUGUAACAAGUUAAUAAAUUGAAGCUUAUCACCAACAUGUGCAAUGACAUUUUGUGUAGGUAUGGUAUGGUGUAUUCAGUUAUUACCCAGGAAUCCAAGGGAGCUGUAUAUUUAAUAGGCAUAAUACACCUGGAUGGGGAAUUAUUACUCAACUCAAAUGAUUAAAGUUUUACUUAUUCAAAGAAGGGAGGCCAAAAAGAUAAGAUAAUGAAAACAAGCAUGCGAUAUCACCCUCAAUCAAAACUAUAACAAAAUUCUCAAACGUGAUUGGUUAUCACCAGCUCAAUUUGAGCUCUAAUAAGACAGUGU